GGUUCAUAAACAAGAUGGUCGACACGUUCUGAUUUAAGUUACACAAAAACUCAAAUUCGCUGCUAUGAUUUCAACAUCAAAUUUAAGAAUAGUCUCAAGAUUGAAUCUCUCUCGAUGGUUUGUGACAAGAAGUCUUCGAACCAGCGCGAUCACUGUUCAAAACACACCGAAGAAAGAACUUGCCGAUAGACUUAGGCUGGUCAUCUUAGGAACUGGUUGGGGAAGCUACAGCGUCUUAAAACAAAUUGACAAGAAGCUAUUUGAUGUUAUUGUGGUUAGCCCUCGAAAUCAUUUCCUUUUUACGCCACUACUAUGUAGCACAACUGUAGGCACGUUGGAAUUUCGAAGCAUCAUCGAGCCAGUGAGGAACACUGGCUUCCGAGACGAACAUCACUUUCAACAAGCAGAGGCCGUGGAAUUGCUUCCAGAUAAACACACGGUUAUCUGCAAGAGUACUUUGAACGGUGAUCGAUACGACUUGAAGUACGAUAAACUGGUCAUUGGUGUAGGAGCUGUUAGCAAUACAUUCGGUGUUCCGGGCGUUUACGACCAUGCCUUCUUUCUCAAGGAAAUUUCAGAUGCAAGGAUGAUCAGAAAUCAGAUUCUCAAGAAUUUUGAAUUAGCCAUGCAACCCGGCGUCUCGGAAGAAGAGAAAAAGCGCCUGUUGCAUUUUGUAAUAGUUGGGGGUGGCCCCACUGGGGUGGAGUUUGGUGCUGAGUUAUAUGACUUUGUAAAACAAGAUGUGACAAGGUUAUAUGUUCAUGAGCGUUGCAAUGUGAGGGUGACACUGAUUGAGGCAAGGCAGAUCCUGCCAUCUUUUGAUGAGAAGCUCAGAACCUUUGCAGAAAGCAAGAUGAGACAGAGAGAUCAGUUUGAACUUCUCCAGAGUAGCGUAACCCAAGUACAUGCUGAUCACAUCCAGCUGAAAGAUGGAGAAAAAUUGCCUUGUGGUUUGGUGGUGUGGUCAACUGGCCUUGCUCCAAGACCAUUCACUGCUUCAGUUGAACUACCGAAGAACAACAACAGUCAGCUGAUAGUUGACAAGUUUCUCAGAGUCCAAGGAAUUGAUGAUGGCUCAGUAUUUGCGAUCGGCGACUGCUCCUUUAUUGAAUCCAAUCCAUACCCCUGCACUGCCCAAGUAGCAGAGAGAGAGGGCAGCUAUUUAGCCAAAUCCAUGGGGCUCUCAGCUCAAGGGAGGGGCUCAGAGGUGGAGCCUUUCUCGUGGAAGAACAUUGGUAUGCUGGCUUAUCUUGGAGAUUAUCAAGGACUGGCUGAUUUUCCUACAAGCAAGUUGCAAGGCUUUAAAUCAUGGAUUCUUUGGAGAUCAGUGUACUUUACCAAGCUUGGAAGCUGGAGGUUGAGAUUCCAGGUCCCCUUUGAUUGGAUGAGAACCUUCAUUUGGGGCAGAGAUAUUUCUCAGUUUUGAACAGAACUUAACACUUUUGCUCCCAGAUCUCAGUAGUAAUUCUCGUUGCUGACUGCCAUACAAUUCUUAUGAUGUCAGUUUGGACUUAGUUCCUAUUAACCGAGCGGGAGG